AGUCCAGCAGAUGGGUCAUCAUUUGGUUCUUUACUGGUGUUAAGAAAGGCUUGGUACUGGUUCCAGAAGCCUACCGAGCUCCUGGUAGCCGGAAUGUUGAGGGAAGUCACAGAUGUGGAAGACUGAAGUUGGUCAGUGGAGGAACGGCUACUUCGGACCAGCGGACGAGACGGUUUGCUGAGGACGCCGUGGUGCUUCAUGUGGCCCUGGUGAUGAAAGUGAAAACAAAAAGAAACUCAGAACAAGAGGCGCCUACAGAGUCACGUGAGCAGCAGCAGGUUGAAGUGUCAGUGGGUUUUGAAUCCACUGGGAUUAACCUACAUGCACAGAGUGCUGACUGCACACGACCAUCAAUGGAGACGAUCAGACAGCAGCACAUCAUCAGCAGCAUCAUCAGGUAACACAUGAAACUUAAACUCUGACCUUAAAUACAUGUGAUUUGAAUGUUUUGACGGGAAUAAAGGAGUGACAUCUUUUAAAACUAAACCAAAGGACUGUGUGAGUAAAUGAGGUCAAGAAGCUGUGAAGGAUGAUCUUCUGAUCCCUCUACUGCCACAGCUUAAACCUGAGUUAAUGCUAACCAAAGGUCAGUGUUAUUCAACCUUCACACUAAAUUGAAGGUUUAUGAUCAACCCGUUUUUUUAAAUGUAUUUUCUGUGCCCUGGUACUGGUCCAGGGCUCAGUGGAAGAGGAUCUCUGGUCUAAGAGGAUAAGGGCAAAGAUUGCACUGGUGCAACAUUUUCAGAGCAAGGGUAACAUGGAUACGGUUAGCUUAACAUCAGCUUGUAUUUCCUGCUUGUUUGUAAUGUUGAAGAGCAGGGUAAGAGAUGAGAAACUGGAGCUGUUUGUCUGUGUCGAGGAUUGAUUUUACUUUACUCCAUGGCUGCUUUUCAGAUAACCUGUGACUUUAAUUGGAAGGUAAAGAAAAUGUUUUCUCUCUAACUCACAGACAUUUCUAAACACCCUUCCUUCUGCGUCCAAUGGCAUCCCUGGAGGAAGAGCUGACCUGCUCUAUGUGCAGAGACAACUAUGGUCAAUCCAACCCUCUACCCUGUGGUCACAGCUUCUGCUCCGUCUGCAUCCGGGAGGCCUGGAGUAGUGAGGGUGAGGGGAAAUUUCAUUUCACCUGUCCCCAGUGCCAGGAGGAGAGCGCUGAAGUGUCAUGUGACUGGUGCUCUCCUGGGGCAGAAGAUGAGAAGCCGGCGGUGGCUGUGAAGACCUGUCUGAGAUGUGAGGUGUCACUGUGUUUCAAACAUCUCCAGCCUCACUUAGGAAACCCAGCAUUCAGCAGCCAUUUGCUGGUGGAGCCACUGGGAGACCUCUCUCAGAGGAGGUGUCCAGCACACGCUGAGAUGUUCCGCUACUACUGUUUAGACGACAAGGUGUACAUGUGUGGAGACUGCCUGCUCCAGGGGGGUCAUGCUGAACACCAAGUCAAAGCACUUAAGCAGGUGGAGGAAGAUCUGAAGGUCACUGUCCAAAUGCUGCUGGGAAAAGCAGAGGACAAAUUAAAGGAUGGAGAAAGGAUCCUGAAAGAGUUUGAGAAGAUCGACUCCUUUAUGGCUGAGUCACUGAAGAACGAUCAGGUCCAGGUGGAGCGAAUGGGCUCAGAGCUGCAGGUUCAGGUGAUGGAGCUGGUGGUGGCGCUGAAGGAGAUCACUACAACGGAGAGGCAGCAGCUCAUUGAGAACGUGCACCAAGACUGUUCCAAGGUCCGGGACGACAUUAGCCAGACACUCGGUAUCCAGCACUUCCUGUCCUCCCUGCUGGCGGAGACGGACCCUUUUCUGCUCAUCUGGGCCUUUCAGUCCGAUGACACAAAGUAAGUUCCCAAAUCGAUUGAUGUUCUUUGAUGUAGAGAUAUAGAAACACAGACAAGAAAAUCUCAGUAAAUCCAGAGCAAAACCGACCAAAAAAGCAUAGCCAUAAUUAUGGACCUGUCCUCUGUGCAGCUCUAACAACACUUCUUAGGCCUUUACAAUUUUCCUGCAGACUUUCUGUGGGAUUUUUUUGCACAUUAUAAGAGAAGAGAAUUUGUAAAGUCAGACUAAUGAAUAAUGCAGGGUUUUGGACUCACCAUC